CAAGUGCGACGAGAUCCACAUGCACGUGAAGCGGACGCCGGUCGACAAAUUGCCCGAAGACGAUAAGGGCCUCAAGAAUUUCCUCUUGGACCUCUUCUACGAAAAAGACGCUCUCUUGGAGGCUUACUACGGCACGGACGGCGCACCUUCGGAACUGUCCGAACCCAUGACGGUUCCUUGCCAGCAGUUCUACAACCACGUGGUACUCUUCCUUACGACGGUGUUCAUCUGCCUGUUCCUCUUCACGGCCGCUGGACGAAGCCUGCUCUGGAAGACCUGGCUGUACGGCUCCAUCUUCGGGUACUCCUGGCUCGGCAUGAACUCCGUCGCCUGAAUGACACACUCGCUCUCUGGGGUUUUACUUUUUAUUCGAGAAUCGCACACGAUACACAUAUGGGCUGCCUUCACUGCUUUACACUGUUGGCAUCAUUCAUU